AUGGAUACAUCUAAAGUCUCAAUAUUCAAGACAUACGACAAGCCUCGAGGUCAAGGGGGCGCGAGUUCUUUCGCGACCUUCAUGAUCAUCGGUCCCGUAUGUUUCUUCCUCGGUAUUCUUUUCUCCUCGUUCCCCUACGACUAUCCUCUCCUUUGGACCACUGAAAGUACUCCCGAUGCCUAUUACAAUUUCAUUGAAGAGCAUCUAAAAUUCAUGCAUGCUUCCCCGCCAAUCAUCCCACGCAUCCUACACAUUGUCGUCUCGGUCGGAUUCAUCGGACUCUUCACCAAGCUCUUCAAGCCUUCUGAAGCUAACCUCCUAUUUGAUGGCGCAUCGCUCGUUCUUUAUGUCGUGGGCGUCGUGGUUUACAUUACCAAUAUUGUUAAAGGCAUGCGCAUUGUGACGCUGGGAUUAUAUGGCGAAGCGGGUGCGCCAGAAGGAGAAGUGGGAGUUGGGAGAGAAGAUAGUUUGAGGGUUUUGGCGGCCAGUAAUACGAUUUUGGCAUUGGUUUUGGUGGGAGUGUUGGUUUUGCAGGCGGGUCAAUGGUAUGCGGAACGUAAGGAUCAAGAUGAGGUAGAGAAAUUUGAGAAGGAGGAACAGGAGAAGAAAGAAUUGGAGAAGAAGCAAAGGAGUGUAAGUGGUCAUGUUACCAGAUCCGUUUCGAAGAAGAGACAGUAG